AUGCCUAUACCUCGUUUCGCAGUUGGGAGAGAUCGCAGAAAGCAGGACUACGUUCAAUACAUCUUCAACGUUCGCAGAUGUCCAUGCGCGAUUUUCAACAGAAGCGUAGCGUUUGGGUGCAGGGAUGGCGGACAUGACGACAUCUUGAGAGUAGGACGAGGAAGAAGAUGA